AUGACUGACAAAGCAUUUACGGAACACCAGUUCUGGAGCACGCAGCCUGUGCGGCAACCUGGUGCUCCUGAUGCCGAUAAGGUUGGGUUUAUUAUGGAAUCAUCCUUAGAUGCGGUACCUGCUGAGCCGUACAGUCUUCCCUCAACAUUUGAGUGGUGGUCACCCGAUGUAGCCAACCCUGAGGACCUUCGAGGUGUCCACGAACUUCUUCGUGAUAAUUAUGUUGAGGACAGCGAAAGCAUGUUUCGAUUCAACUAUUCGGAGGAGUUUUUGCGCUGGGCACUUAUGCCUCCGGGAUAUCACCAGUCGUGGCACGUUGGUGUGCGGCUAAAAUCCAACAAGUCGGUGCUCGGGUUCGUUGCCGGUGUCCCGAUCACGAUGCGCCUAGGCACUCCAAAAAUGGUUCUAGAGAAGAGAGAGCACGGGGAGGAUGGAGGAGAAGAGGUUAUAAACGAUUACUUAGAGCCUCAGACUAUUUGCGAGAUUAAUUUUCUUUGCGUGCACAAAAAACUUCGGCAGAGAAGACUUGGGCCCAUCCUCAUCAAGGAGGUGACGCGUCGGGUUAAUCUCAUGAACAUUUGGCACGCCGUCUACACAUCUGGGACUCUUCUUCCAACACCGUUUGCCAAAGGCCAUUACUUCCACCGCAGCCUGAACUCACAGAAGCUUGUGGACGUUAAAUUUUCUGGGAUUCCACCACAUUACAAGCGGUUUCAGAAUCCAGUUGCGGUUAUGGAGCGCCUGUACCGACUUCCCGACAAAACCAAAACGCGUGGUUUGCGACUCAUGGAACCAGCAGAUGUCCCACAGGUGACGCAGCUUCUCCUUAAGAGGUUGGCGUCGUUUGAUGUUGCUCCCGUGUUCAAUGAGGAGGAGGUGGCACAUUACUUCCUCCCCCGCGAGGGUGUCGUAUUCUCCUACGUUGUGGAGUCGCCGGUGGGUCCAGGAAAAGACGAAGAGAAUGCCGGUAAAGCCUCAAAGGGCACACCCACAGGGACAAAGUGUGUCACAGGGGGCUGUGAGAAGGUGAUUACGGAUUUUUUCUCGUUCUAUUCACUUCCUUCUACCAUUAUCGGCAACAGUAACCACUCGUUGUUGAAGGUAGCGUACGUAUACUACACCGCUGCAACCAGCGUUAGCAUAACACAGUUGGUGAAUGAUCUUCUUAUCAUCGUGAAGCUUAAUGGAUUCGAUGUUUGCAACGUUGUUGACAUUUACGACAAUGGGACGUAUUUAAAAGAACUUAAAUUCAGCCCCGGGGACGGAAACCUUUACUACUACUUCUACAACUGGUCUUAUCCGAGCAUUCCGGCUAAUGAAGUUGGUCUUGUGAUGGUUUAA